AUCAGGACAACGAAUGAUGUAUUUUGUCAAUUACUUUGUAAUUUGCACAAAAAAAAAUAAAAAAUGGUGGGACCCUAACAUCCUACUUGUCAACCUUUAAACAAGUCUUACACAUUAGUGUUAGUUCUACAACACACAAAAUAAAACAAUUUACACUUCUCAUCCUUCCCAAAGUUCUUUCUCAAACCUCAAUAACCUCCACAACAACAAUGGCACAUCCACUUUCCUUCUCACAGUCCCCAUUUCCACUCUCCUCUUCCUCUCCCCCAUCUACAAAAUUCCUUUCGACCCGACCCUCAAUUUUCUCAAUAAAAACCACACCCAUUUCGACCCGACCCACCAUUUUCAAGAAACCCAAUUCCUUCACUCUCCCAAAAUCCUCCCAAGAUUCCAACCCCAACGCCACCUCAUCGGAAACCGAGCAAAACCCACUUCCAGAAACCGAUAAACUAGCCGGAGAAGAGGUCGCCGGCGCCGGAGAUGUUGGGUCGCAGAUAAAGAAACUGAUGAAGGAAAGAGAAGAAAAGGAGCCAGAUUUUUGGAGUGGGGUGGUGGAGGAGAUAAGGGAAAUUGAAUGGCCGGUAUUUGGUAAAGUGCUGAGUACUACUGGUGUUGUGAUUGGUGUUAUUGCUGGGAGUAGUGUUGUUUUGCUUACUGUUAAUGCUGUAUUGGCUGAACUUUCUGAUAGAGUUUUUGCUGGUAAAGGUGUACAAGAUUUCUUUGGUUGAUCAUUAUUAUCAAGAUAAGGCUUCAAACAUAUCUUCUUUUUGUUUUUCCUAUUUCGUUACUUUUAGUAAUAAUUUUCAACAAUUGCAAAAUUUGAGUGAGAAUACUUAAGUGUAUAUUACAAAAGUAAUGUUAAUUCUACAAGUGAGAUUUGAGAAGCA